UCAAUGUGACUGAGAUUACUGCAAUACUUUUAGCAUGGAGAACCUGACCCGGCGUUGUACUCCCAAUGAAGAUUCAAGUUCGGCAUACAACUCGCCAGUAAUCAUUAUAACAUGCAUCCUAGGAUUCAUUGGAAAUGCAAUUGCUUUGUGGAUCUACUGUUUUCAUGUAAAGAGCUGGAAACCGAAUACAGUGUAUUCAUUGAACCUGGCAAUUGCGGACACUCUUUUAAUCUGCUGUCUUCCAUUCCGAGCCGGUUACUACAUACGCGAUAAGGAUUGGAUUUUUGGUGAUGUCCUUUGUCGCCUGAACAUAUUUAUGAUUUCCUUAAACCGGGUCGGCAGCAUCAUCUUCCUUAUGGUUAUAGCGAUUGAUCGCUAUUUUAAGGUGGUUCAUCCUCUCCACAAGGCAAACAAGGCAACUGCAAGGUGUGCGGUGAAGAUAGCAAUCGGUCUUUGGAUUGUGGCGAUGGCCAUUUGUUCGCAUUUGUUAAUAGAAAAACAUGACUUCAAGCAACGGAAUGUCACGUUCUGUGAGCCUUUCAACAUAAACUACCCCCUGAAUCCAACAGCAAUUUGGACUGAUGCUGUUUUUAUAGUCUUUAAGUUUGUUUUACCGGUUUCAGUGAUUCUGUUCUCUACCUCUUGCAUCAUCUGGAAGUUAAGGCAAAUGGAAAGUGAUGCGAGGGGUAAAUAUAAGCGAGCAAUGAAGCUUGUGAUUGCGGUGUCAGCAGUUUUUAUAUUUUGCUUCCUGCCUACAAAUGUUGCUGUAGUUGCGGUUCUAAUUACAAAGCUAAGAAGCGAAAUAGACUGCAAGUCAUAUGUCUUAGCAGUUAAUAUAUUUUAUAAUACAUUAUUUAUGACAUAUCUCAACAGUGUGGUUGAUCCAGUUAUUUACUACUUUUCAAGUUCAGCAUUUAAAGGUGCUUUGAGGAAAGCUCUUGGCCCCCUUAAUGUAAGCUUGUCCAAAUCAACAACAGAUCAAGAAAUGGAACCGCGGGAAUCCAGAGCAGAACCAUCUACGGAUCGACAUCUGAGCUCUGCAGUACUCCUCUGAUCUCCUGCUGUCUGAGUCUGCUCUGUAAUCUAGAUUCUCAUUGUGUAAUUAAACGAGAAGCUGUGAAUAAAUGCAAAACCAUGGAAUCAUGUAAAUUUUAAGCUUUUGUCAAGAGGUGGAUUGAUUCUCAUAUUCUGAAAUAAACUAUGAUUUACAUUUUCAAUCCUUGACGUUGCAGAGUAUCUCUUGAAAUUCUUUUAAGGGAUCAUUUCUGCAGGAUUUAGAAAUUACACAGACAUGAUGUUUGAAGUUCCUCCUUGCCAACUA